GCAGCGCUGCUGUACAUUGCGCAUACGUCAAGUGUUGCGCGCUAUAUAAAAAGACAGCGUCGUGUGCUAAGAAACAGUUAAUAGAAGCUUGCAGCUGUGAAAGCAAGUUAAGAUGUUGUUGAAAGUGUUGACGCUGCUGCUGCUUUGCGCCACCUUGGGCUGGGCUAAGGAAAGCUACGAGGGCUACAAGAUCUACGAUGUAACUGCGCGUAAUAAUUUUGAGAAGCAGCUACUGCUGCGUUUGGCCAACAAUGUGGACUACGAUUUCUUUGAAAUGCCGCGUGCGCUGCAUGCGCCCGCUAGAGUUAUGCUAAUGCCCAAGGAUCAGCCUGGCUUUGAGUCGCUGCUGCAGCGUUUCAAUAUGGAAUAUCUGGUGGUUAGCGAGAACUUGGCCAGAUCACUGCAGCAGCAGCAAGGCGAGCGCUUGAUGAGCUCACGUGCCACCGAAACUCGCGGCAUUAGCUUCACUGCUUUCCAGCGUCAUGCCGACAUCAACGCUUAUCUGGACUCGCUAGCCAAGGCCUAUCCCAGUCGCGUUAGCGUGAAGGUUGCUGGUCAGUCGUAUGAGAAGCGCGAUUUGAAAACUAUAACCAUUUCGAAUGGUGAUGGCCGCCAGGGAAAGAAUGUCAUCUUCUUGGAUGCGGGCAUACAUGCGCGUGAGUGGAUUGCUCCAGCGGGCGCGCUUUAUGUCAUCUAUCAGCUGGUGGAGAACUUUGUUAUGUAUCAGGAUUUGCUUAAGGAUUACGAUUGGGUUAUACUGCCUGUCGUCAAUCCCGAUGGCUAUGAGUACUCGCAUAGCACUACACGCAUGUGGCGCAAGACGCGCAAACCCGUUACCAGCACCUGCAGCGGCACCGACGCCAAUCGCAACUUUGACUUCCACUGGGGUGAGGUGGGCGCCUCCAGCAUCGCCUGUGCAGAUACCUACAAGGGCAGCACCGCUUUCUCCGAGCCAGAAACGCAAACUGUUAGAGAUUUGCUGCUGGAGCUGAAGGGACGCGGCAAGUUCUAUCUGACGCUGCAUUCUUAUGGCAACUAUCUGCUUUAUCCUUGGGGCUAUACUUCUGAUCUGCCCGCUGACUGGCGCAAUAUUGAUGAAGUUGCUAAGGCUGGCGCUGCUGCUAUUAAAAAAGCGACUGGCACUAAAUACACCGUGGGCAGCUCCACCAAUGUGCUCUAUGCCGCCGCUGGGGGUAGCGAUGAUUACGCUUAUGCCAUGGCUAAGUUCCCCAUUUCUAUUACAAUGGAACUGCCAGCUGGUGGCACUGGCUUUGACCCCACUCCUGCACAGAUAUUGCCGAUGGUUUCCGAAACCUGGGAGGGUAUUCAUGCCAUGGCCAAACAGGUCAUCGACAAAUACUAAGCGCCAAAUAAAACGCAAACAUAUUUUCUAUAGCCA